AACUGCCCGUGAUAUAGUUAUACGAUGUCAAAACCCGCAAAUAUGGCGGUCACCAAGUUUUUGCUCCUGCUUCUGUUUGUGGGUGGUUCGAUUGCCUUGCCAAAAUCUGAAUUAUUUCCAUUUGGAAGAGGAGAUCAAUCAUUACCCGCUCAAGAUGAUGUCAGCUCUCCAGAAAUACCGCUUACGGUGCCCAUCGUAUUUUACGGAAACGAAUACAGAUCUAUUUACGUUAAUGACAAUGGCUUGCUUUCCUUUCUUACAGAGGUACCUUCGUUUUUUAAUGCGCAGUUUCCUCUAACUUAUCCGAUCAUAGCACCUUUGUAUUCAGACGUUGAUACAAGAGCAGCCGGGAGGAUUUACUACAGGGAAACUCAAUCUUCCGAACUUCUGGAAAGAGCAACGCGAGAUAUUAGAGAUCACUUUUCGAGUGCUGGAGGUUUUCAACCUCGAAGUCUUUUUAUAGCCACCUGGGACGAAGUGGGCCACUACGAAAGAGGAGUAACUAAACUGAAUACAUUUCAAGUGGUUAUAGCUUCUGACGGUGAUGAUUCCUACGCUUAUUUCUUGUACCCAUCCGGAGGUGUGCAGUGGAUUCAAGGACAAGGAAAGAAUCCAAAUUUACCCGACGCCCGAGCACAAGCUGGAUUUAUGUCGGGCGAUGGCAGGCUUUAUACCCUUAGAGGUUCUGGAACUGAACAAGCUCGGAAUUUCGACAGGAUGUCGAAUGCUCGGAAGGCAGGGAUCUGGCUGUUCCAUAUCGGGAAGCCAUCUGGCUCAGAGGGCAACAUCCUGCCUGCUGAUCUAGAAUCUUCUCAUGGAGGUGAUGGUUCUUCAGAUGGACAAUCAUCGUCCACUUGUGCCGAUACAUUACUUCCUUGUCCGCCGCAUUCAACCUGUGUCGAUCACCCGGACAGGAAAGGAUUCUGUUGCGUUUGUAAAUCAAACUAUUUCGGAAAUGGUCGAAACUGUGUGGAAAAAAAUUCACCGCAAAGAAUGAACGGUAAAGUAAGUGGUAUUAUCAAUGAUAUUCCGCUUCAAGAAGCCGAUCUUCAUGCUUACAUCGUAACGGAAGAUGGAAGAACAUAUACAGCAGUCAGUCGCGUUCCACCAGCAGUUGGAUCUGAUCUCCAAGUGCUGACACCUCUUGGAGGAGUAGUAGGAUGGCUGUUCGCUGUUUCUAGAAGUGGUGCUCCUAACGGAUUUACUAUAACAGGUGGCGCCUUUAAUCGGACCGUGGAGGUAGACUUUCCUCAGUCUGGUCAUCAUGUAUAUAUUGAAGAGUCUUUCCUCGGACCAGAUGUUUUCAACUACAUGAGGGUACAAGUGAACUUGAGAGGCAGCGUUCCAUCUAUUCCUGUGGGAGCGAAAAUAGAAAUUCAAGAUUAUGAAGAGGAGUACACCAGAAUUUCACCAGGUUUAAUACGUUCGCAUGCGUCUCGUUCCUACCGCUUGGAAGGCAACGUUCUGGAGGUGCCAUUCACUUUGGACCAGACGAUCACGUACUCGGAAUGUGAGGUACCCAUGUCUAGCACGCGACUGAAAGUGGCCAGAAAUUUCAUCGUAUACGAUGCUCAAGAGCAAAUUGUGAGAUAUGCUAUGACCAAUAAGAUAUCUCCUCUGAGUGUCGAAGAUCCUUGCAAAGAAGGUCGUCACGAAUGUGGCCCUCACAGCAGCUGCGUUGUCGAAGGCGAUUCAUUCCGUUGCACUUGUGAUCAAGGUUAUCAAUACAUUUACGAAGAAUAUGCUGAUGGUGAUAAGGCUCUAUGCAUUGAUGUCAAUGAAUGUGUCCUUGGUAGAGAUAAUUGCGCUGUCCACGCAGAUUGCAUCAACUUUCCAGGAUCUUUUGCAUGUAGAUGUAAGCCUGGGUACACCGGAAACGGCAUCACCUGUGAAAGACAAAAGACUUGCGCAGAUAUAAAUUGUGAUCCAAACGCCGAUUGCGUUGCUUGGAAUCCUCAACAAGAACCUCACUGUCAGUGCAGACCUGGUUAUGUAGGCAAUGGACAUACAUGUUCACCUGGAGAGGAGGAUGAUUGCGGUGUCAUAAACUACUGCGACAUUCGUGCAGAUUGCGUUUAUGAUGAAGAGACACAGACACGCAAAUGUCAGUGCCGCCAAGGUUUUAGAGGUGAUGGAAUCGUGUGUGUCGAGGAUUCGUGCGAUGUGGCUGAUAAUUGCAGCCCUCAUGGUAGUUGCCUUUAUGAUGCCGAAGGUGAAGCAUACUACUGUGCUUGCUUGCCUGGAUACUCUGGCGAUGGUUAUUAUUGUCUGCCAGAAUCUUCUUUCUCCAGUUGUGAUGUCAUCAAUAACUGUCACCCUUUGGCUCAGUGUGUCUACGAUUCCCAGUCUCAAAGGUAUCACUGCCGUUGUAAUGCUGGUUAUAAAGGAGACGGUCAGACUUGCACGAAGAUCGAGGAUGUAUCCUGUGACCAAGUGAACUCAUGUUCACUGCAUGCUCUCUGCGUCAGAGAUGAAUUCAGUGGAAAAUAUGUCUGUCGUUGCAGUGAAGGUUAUGAAGGCGAUGGCUUUACCUGCAAUCCUAUCGACGAAUGCAAUACUGCUGACAACUGCGAUGCCAACGCCCAGUGCCUGUAUGACUCGGAAAGCCAACGUUAUCGCUGCCAGUGUCUACCUGGAUUCAAGGGUACUGGUGAAAAAGGUGGAUGUGCUUUGGAUGCAGACGUGUCAUGUAACAUCCGCAACACGUGCCACGAGAGUGCAACCUGUGUGUAUGAUGCGGUGGAUUUGAAGUAUAGAUGUCAAUGUAACCCUGGCUAUAACGGAGAUGGACACAGAUGUGAAAAAUCUGUUGUGCCUUGCAAUGUCAUCAAUAGCUGCCACAUAAGAGCGGAGUGUUUAUAUGACCCUACAUCGAGGGGUUACAG